GGUUGGCCAAGGUGAUGUGUUUUCCGUUCCUGUCCUUCUACAGUUUUUCUCUCCCAGAUAAAACUCAGGGUUAUUUUGGUUCCCCACUUUCUCUCGUUGGAUAAAAUGUCUCCUCCAUUAAGUUUUAUGCUGUUAAAAAAUACCAAUUGCAUAAUAGUGUGCUUGUUUGGAAACGUGGUCUAGAUUCGCUGUUUCGGAGCUGGCCCUCUCUACCCUCCUCAGAGGAAGAAAGGGAAGUUUGUAAGUGUGAAAAGCUUCCCGGGAUGCCUGAGUUUAUUUUUUCUUGGAGCAAAUCAGUGAAAGAAUCGUAAUGUGUUUUGCAUUAGUGGAGCUUUUCAGACUGUUCAGUAGUCGUUGGAGGAAUGACUGUAAAUGUCUGUCUUCUAAGGAAUCUCGUAUAAAAUCUUUAAAGCUUGGACAUCAUGAAGAAAUUGUCACAGGCCCUGCAUUACAGGUUUUCCAGCUCUCGAGAAGGGGAGCAUUCCCAGGAAACUUUUCAUAAGCCGAAAAGGCAUAAAGCAAAGGAGCAGUUCUCAUUAAUUUAUGGAGAAAAAGUUUUUGAGCGUUCCCAGACCCAAAGAAUAACCUACCAGAUCGUACCUAGUAACAUGUAGAAUCUAAAAUGGCAGUAACACGCAGUAAAGCGGGAAUGAUGUGAUAAAUAAAUCCACAGCCUGUAUACAGCAGAAGUGACGUGUAUACCAGACUGGGAAGACAGCAAGCACCCUGGAAGGCUGAGAUGGUGCUGGUGAUGGGAGCCCUCUUAAUCCUAGCUAGCAAUGGCACACGGGGCUGGGUUGAAGGGCUGGGGUUCAGAUCCCCCAGAAGAGCUGGAUUUGUACUAACCGCACGUGUGGAAGGAUGUGCCCUACACUUAGAGAGAAAUGCACAAGCGGCAAGCCGAGGAUGGGAUCUCGCUGUGAAUGUAGCCGGAUCGAGCUGGGAGAUGUGACACCCCACAAUAUUAAGCAGCUGAAGAGAUUAAACCAAGUCAUCUUUCCAGUCAGCUACAAUGACAAGUUCUACAAGGAUGUGCUGGAGGUUGGCGAGCUAGCAAAACUUGCGUAUUUUAAUGAUAUCGCAGUAGGUGCGGUGUGCUGUAGGGUGGAUCAUUCACAGAACCAGAAGAGACUUUACAUCAUGACUCUAGGAUGUCUGGCACCUUACCGAAGGCUAGGAAUAGGAACUAAGAUGUUAAAUCAUGUCUUAAACAUCUGCGAAAAAGAUGGCACAUUUGACAACAUCUAUCUGCAUGUCCAAAUCAGCAACGAGUCAGCAAUUGACUUCUACCGGAAGUUUGGCUUUGAGAUUAUCGAGACAAAGAAGAACUACUAUAAGAGGAUAGAGCCAGCAGAUGCUCACGUGUUGCAGAAAAACCUCAAGGUCCCUUCUGGCCAGGACGCAGGUGUGCAGAAGACAGACAGCUGAAGAAAUGCAGGUGUGCAGAAGACAGACAGCUGAACAAAUGACAGAUGUGCAAAAGACAGACAACCGAACAAAUGACAGAUGAACUCGCUUGCACUUGCUUGUCGCCAAAUAAAAGAGAGGCCCGUUGAUUCCCCUCUCCCCCCCGCCUUUCUUUUAAAGCUUUCCGCUCCUCCUCAUUCUUGUUUCUCUUUCUUUCUUUCCCUUUCCUCCACAAGUUUGAAUACUUUCAAGGACUUUAAAAAUCAUGUUUGGAUUGUUUUCGUUUUCUUAUUUUUGUGAGAUGGUUUGACUGAAGGAAGGAAAAGGUAUAGAUCUGUUUAGUUUCCUGGUUAAGAUAUAUAUGGUCUCCCAAAAUUUUGGGUGUUAAAUAAUUUUAGAUUUUUUUAGCUGAUUUUUUUAAUGUCCUGCUUUCACAUUGAAGGGCAGAGCCUACAAAAUAUUGUAUAUUUCAAAAGAUAAAAAAGCAGCAGCAGCACUACCUUGUUCUCUAAUUCAUAGACAAGUUUAGUGUGUUUGUGGUACUUCUGGGGUUUCUAAAGACUGUGGGAGAUCCUAAUCCCCGGACAUCGCCUUCACCCCACCUUCAGUCCUUCUGGGGUUUCUAAAGACUGGGAGAUCCUAAUCCCCAGACAUCGCCUUCACCCACCUUCAGUCCUUCUGAGCACUGUCUCCAGAAUUGGACCAUUGUUAAUCCUUGUAAGAAAUAUGAAGCUUAUUUUGUUCUUUUUAAGCAGUUGUUUCCUUUCUUCCUGUUGGUGGUUGAGGUUGGGUAGGGCAGUUUGGGUAGGUAGUGUUAUAUUAUUUUGGUCUCAGUAUUUGAGUUAAAUUACUUUUUGCUAAUGAGUGGGCUGGUUGUUAGCAGGUUCAUUUUUCCUGCUGCUGAUUGUUUCUGGUGGCAUUAACUUUUAGAGUGUGGGCUGGUAAGUUUUUGUUUUUGUUUUCUUUAUUGAAGUCUCAGCUAGAGAUAAGGUCUUUAACUGGCCUAAAGAGGUUUGUUGUGAUUUACUUUUUUCUCUGGUCCUUUUUCUUCAGUAAACCGAACAAUAGUUUGUCUAACCCUAAGAAUGGAGCUGAUGUUCCCUAGGUCAGGACCCUGAAGUAAACCUGAAGCAGGUGUUCUCUCCUGAACAUACUAAAAAGUUCCUAAAGGGAAACUUUGAUGGACUUGAGGCACAAUACAUGCAUUUAAUGUCACCUAGCACAGAGCCUGCUAAACCUGUGGCCACUUAGCGUGUGAUUAAAUAGGAAAGACUAUUCCAGACAGUGUUUUUGAAAAUAACAUAGCUGUGCUAUUGCCUAUCUGUUGGAGACCAUCCCGGAUUUGCUUACACUCUUGUGCCUACAAUGUUGAGUUUAAGGAUUUGGAGAAGAGUGGGAUUGGGAAACAUAAUGCUUCUAUUCUUGGAAAAGUAGAAGUCUAGAAGUGUUGAUGCAGAUGUCACUGUGACCUGCUCUACUGACCAGACUGGUUUAUGGCAGAUUAUUUUCUGGUGUACAGGCAAUGGCUGUGAUGCAUUGGUAACUUACUGUAACACGAGAGACAUCUGAAAUUGUUGUAACCCAAUCUCAAAUGUUUUAAGUUUUUUACAUUGCCAAUAUUGAUAGCUCAACAGAUGUUCUCAUUAGACUUUAAAACACCACGUAGGGCUUGAAUUUUCUGUCAUUUGACUUAAAAGGAAGAAUGAUUCAUAAUAUUUAUCCUCUUAUGUAAAAUUCUGGUACAAAAGUCUCAACUCUCCAAACAUAUUAAAUGACAGAAAGAUUCUACAGAAUGUUUAUGCACAUUUUAUAAUCCUAAGUUCUUAUUCGAGAAUGUGAAAGUACAAUAGACUUCAACAGUCUUAUUGAGUGCCAAGAAUAAUACAGAAAAGGAAGAUAGUUGAUGAAUGAGUAUACAGGGGUCUAAUCUUAAGAUAGUAAAAAUCUAGAAAGACCACACUGGUCUCGCGAGUAUUGGUUUCUUUAGGAGUCUAAAUAUUAGGAAGCAGGUUAGCAUUAAGCACCUUUAACCUUCAUGGGUAAGCCUCUGCUUGCUCUUGCCAAGAGAAGAGUGCUUGAGUUACAGAAAACAUAGUUAGUUUUGGAGAACUCAGCCUUUUUCUAAACUUCCAGGUAUCAAAGUAGAUUUUGAUGUAUAAAUGAGUCUUGUGAGAUGACACUGCCUCUAUUUCUGUAACCAUUUCACUUGGACUGUCUGAUCAGUCCUAUGAAUGUAUCCCUAAAUGUGGUUAUUGGAAACAGAAUAGCUGCCUCAUGACAAUUAAGUACAUGUUAUUUAAGGAGGGAAAAACAUUAAAUUUUGAAUGGAGUGUGUAGGCUCAUUAUUGUAGGAUUUCUUUUUCCACACUAGUCAGUGACUUCGCUUAAAUCGUAAACGUUUGUAAAGGGUUAAUUCUCCAACAUCAAACUUGUAUUAAAUAAUUCCAUCUGCUUAUGGAGGAGAAAGGAGAUACAGAGGAGGGAGGUCGAAGCUGGGCCUAUGAGUAAAUACUGAAAUAGUGUCCCAUGUUGUUUAUUUUGGUAUAUGAUAAAAAUUAUCUUGUUUGAGGUAAAAAAUAAUAAUAAUAAUUGUAUUAACUGUAAUAUCACAGAAUGUGCCCAUCAUAUUUUUCAAGACAGUUUUUACUGUGGGGUGAAUAGGUAAAAAUUACUCUGUGUGGUAUUGCAUUUAUGUUCUAGAGAAGAGAAAUCUAUGCAAUAUAUAAUUUGUUCAGAUUAGUUUUCAUUUGGGGAAAGAAGUUCUGAAAUAUCUCCAAGGCAGUUUACUCAUCAAUUGAAAGUCCUCCAAAAAAUAGAACUAUUGGGAAACCAUGGUUGUGUGGUGGUAGAAAAGAAAAGCUCCCUCAGUUUUUUGGAGGGAAUAACUUUAAAAAUACUUAAAUGGCAAAGUUUAUUUGGUGCAGUUAAGAAUUAAACUUGUCGAUUUUAACAUUGCUGUUAUAUCUGAAAUAAACUUACGUGAUGUUCUGGUAGUGACCUGUAAUGUCUGGUAAAUGUCAAAGAAGACACUGCAUUGCGUUGACUUCUGGGGUCGGCAGCUAUACGUAGCCAUUAUUUGUUGUUACUCAUAAUGUUUUGUUUACUUCCAUGUUACUUUAAGAUUCAACUCAAAAUUCAUUAAAGUAGGCCAACUGAAAUCCAGACCUCCUAAUUCAGACCUUUUGAAACGGUAGGUACACUACCCAAUUUUUCAAGUCUUUUCUGAAGGGAGGAAGAAGACUUAGUCUACUUGCUGUCCUAUCUAAUCAAAACUUAUUUUUUGAAUAAUAAUUAUGCUGUAAUUGUAUACCAAGGAUUUGGUUUUGUGAGGUUUUUUCUGACAAGUGCUGCUUACUAAAAGUACAAAUACUAACUACACAUGUCAUCUAAAUUUCCUCUAAAAAUUUUAAUGCUCUUUGAUCUUGAUACUCUCACCUGUAAAAUAGGGGUUAUAAUAAGUAGCACCUCCCUCAGCUUUGUCAAGAUUAAAUGAGGUAGUGUAUGUAAAAUUCUGAAACAAAGAAGAUGGUAUUAACACCCUGAAUGUUAGCUCUUAAUAUCUUCAGUUCAGGCCCAAUGAGAGAGAAGAAAAGAUCCAAAGAGCUACCCUAAUGCUGUAUCUUGAAUAUCCAUGUUAAAAUCACCUGACAGGCCAGGUUAGUAGGGUGCUUUGGCUACAGAUAGCGUAUAUGCAAGUAUUCUCUUCCUGUUAGUAGUGAAGGAGGCGUUCCUGUAGACGGCGAGUUGGGAAUUGUUUCUGAGUUUUUCCUGAAUAGCAAACAAACAUGAAUUUAAUUUUUUGUUGUUAACAAACUCAAUACCUAACUUCUUAGUCAAAACUGUUCGAAUUCUUCUUAUUCCACUCAAGGAAUAAUUAAUGGAUGGCCUUUGCCUAACAUUUAAAAGCAAGGGCCUACCUUGGGACAGUUCGAGAUGGAUGCAUUUGAAGUAAUCUGGAUUAAAAAUUGAGAAUGUAUAGCUUUUUUACUUAAGGCAUUCAAGUAAGCAGUAGUGUACUGUAUUUUGAAAUUUGGUGCAAACCUACUACACAGCUUUUGAUUGAUUGGAUUUGUGGUGGUUCUGUACUGAGUAAUAAGAGACAGUGCCGAAGUUAGAAAAGUUGUAAGUAACUUGAGACAAGAAGCGUUUUUCCGUGGUGUUACAUCUGGCUCUGAGGUGCGGAUGGAGCACCCUGGGAGGGACCUGUGUACCUGAGGGACUUUUUCAAACUACAUUCGUUUUCCUUAUCUUCUCAUUUUAUGAGUUACAUACAGUAUGAGCAUAUCAUAUACUUAAAUAUAGGAAAAUGCCUGAGUUGGUUUGGGAAGGAUUUUAGGGCCUUGAGUCAGAAAUCCAGGAGCAGGUGUGGCUCUAACUCAGCAUCUCAGGGCUGCUGUCAAGCUGUUGGCCAGGGCUGGAGUAGCCACCUCCAAGAUGGCGCACACAUAGCUGUUGAUAGACCUCAGUUCCUUGCUAUGUUGCUAUGUAAGUGGCUCCAUGGGGCUGCCUGAGUGACAAUUUGGUGUCUGGCCAGCUUCCCCCAGAGCAAGAAGAGAGAGUGAGCAGAAGCCACACUCUUUUAUGACCUAGUUUCAGAAAUGACAUGCCAUUUUGCUAUUGGUCACAGACCAACUCUCGUACAAUGUGGGAAGGUAUGAUGAGUAAUAGGAAAAUGAUUCUAAUAUGUAAAUUUAGAAAAAUACAGCUUCAUUUUUCCCUACUGGUGAAAAUUUGAAAAUCCCUGUAUUCUGCUCAGCCUGCUCCACCCACUUCUUUGCUUUGGAUUCGUUCGUUACGAUAGUACUUAUUGAGAGUUUACCAUGUAUCCGGCACAGUGAUCAACACUCUGUACAAGGUAUUAAUUCACAUAACAAUCCUUUGUGGUAGGAACUUCCGUUAGCUUCAUUUUAGAAAAUACCAGAAACGAGGAAGGGUUGUAAUAUGUUCCAUGACUCCAGAGCCCAAGUCAUAGCCACUCACUAUUCCCGUCUGGGAAAAUAAAUCCGAUAGAAUCCAAAUGGGGGCAGGCAUCUAUAUGAUAAUGUUCACCCUACGCUAGAAGCAACCAAAUGCCAACUAUUGUGCAACCUUUAAAAAUAAGCAUGUGAGAAGAAAAAUGGGAGAACCCAUUAAGAUUAAAGUGGAGGGAGGCGAGAUAUAAAAUUGUGCACACACACAAAAAGGCAAAUAGCAAGGCAGAAAUUCAACCAUGUUGAAAAUUAAAUUGAAUGUAAAUAGUGUAAACACUUCAAUUAAAAGGCAGCCAAUUUGUCAGACUGCGUUUCAAAAACCACGCUGUCUAUAGGAAAACCCAAACCCUCUGCUGUCAAUUUGAUUCUGACUUGGAGUGACCAUACAGGACAGGGUAGAGCUGCCCCAUACAUUUCCAAGGCUGUCAAUCUUUAUGGAAGUAGACGGCCACAUCUUUCUCCCAAUGAGUGCUUAACCACUGCACCAACAGGGCUCCUUAUCUAUUAGAAACUGACUUUAAAAGAACUGAUAAAAAGGAUGGAAAAGAUACACGUAAAUGCUAAUCAAAGCUAAAGCAGCUAACUCAGUAUCAAAGUAGAUCUUAGAAUAGGGUAUUACCAAGAAUAAAGGGGGAUGUUUGCUAAUAAUAAAAAGCUCAAUUCACCAAAAGAACAUCAUUUUAAAUAUGUGAACAGAGCUUCAACAUAUGUGAAAGAAACAGAAGAAAUAGACUGAUCCACCACUGGAGAUUUCAGAACAUCAGUAAGUCGCCAACCAAAAGUUGCCAUCGAGCUGAUUCUGACUCAUAGUGACGCUGUGGGACAGAGUAGAACUGCCGUAUACAGUUUCCAAGAAGCACCUGGUGGAUUCCAGGUGCUAACCUUUUGGUUAGCAACAGUAGUUCUUAACCGCUACAGCACCAGGGUUUCCCAGUAAGUCCCAGAAGACUUGAAUAACAUGAUCGACUUGACCUUACUAGCAUGUAUAGAGCACACUACCCAACAACAUACAAGAUACAGAUUUUCAGGUGCACAAAGAAUAUUCACCAAGACCAUAUCCUGGGCCAUGAAAAAAAAGUUCUCAAACUUAAGAAAAUUGAUAUACUAACCAUAUUCUUUAACCACCACAGCAGAACAAGACAUUAAUAACUUAAAUAUUUGGAAAUAACAUGCAUCUGAAUAACCUAUAUGUCCAAGAAGAAGUCACAAGAGCAAUAAAAUAUUUUGAACAGAAGGAAAAUGAAAACAAAAGCUAUGGGAUACAGCAAAGAAGUACUUGAAUGGUAAUUUAUAAAAUAUGUACAUAAGAACUGAAAUCAAGGAUCUAAGCUCCCACAUUAAAAAACUAGAAAAAAGAAGAGCCAGUUAAACCUAAAGUAAGCAGGAGGAAAUGAAUAAUGAAGAUAAAAGCAGAAACUAAUAAAAUUGAAAGUAGAAAAAAUUGAUGAAGGCAAAAGCCAGUUCUAUGGAAAAAAUAACAUUGGUAAACAUUUAGAUUGAACAGAAAAAAAAAGACACAAAUUCCCAGUAUCAGUAGUGAAAGGGGUGAUAUUACUACAGAACUUACUGAUGAUAAAGAGAUAAUAAAAGAAUAUUAACUUAAAUUUAAAAAUAUAGGCAAAAUGGACAAACUUGUACUUUAGGUGAAGGUUUACGAAACAAACUAUCUUCUCAUUAGACGACUAGUACAUGUUUUGUGACGUUGGUAACCGACUCCGCGACAUGUCAACACUUUCAUUCUCUACCUUGGGUUCCCGAUUAUCAGCUUUCUUGUCCCUUGUUGCCCUGUAGUCCUUGCCUCUGGGCUGGUGGGUGCCUUUAGUCAUAUUUUGUUUUACGGGCCUGUCUAAUAUUUGGCUGAAGAAUGAACCUCAGAAGUGACUUCAUUACUGAACUAGAAGGGUGUCCAGGGGCCACACUCUUGGCGUUUUCUCCAGUCUCUGUCAGGCCAUUAAGUCUAGUCUGUGUGUGUGUGAGAAUUCUACGUUUUUCUCUAGCCCUGUCUAGUACCCUCUAUUGUGAUCCCUGUCAGAGCAGUCAGCUGCACACCAUCCAGUUGUGCUGGGCUCAGUCUUAUGGAGGCUGUGGUAGUUGCAGUCCAUUAAUCCUUUGGACUAAUCUUUACCUCGUAUCUUUGGUUUUCUUCAUUCUCCCUUGCUCCUGACAGGAUGAGAUCGGUGGAGUAUCUUAGAUGGCUACUUGAGCUUUUAAGACCCCAGACGCUACUCACCAAAGUAGAAUGUAGAACAUUUUCUUCAUAAACUAUGUUAUGCUAGUUGAGCUCCAUGUCCCCCAAGACCAUGGUCCCCACAUCCCUCAGCCCAGUAAUUCAGUCCCUCAGGAAGUUUGGAUGUGUCCUGGAAACCCUGGUGGCGUAGUAGGUAAGUGCUAUGGCUGCUAACCAAAGGGUUGGCAGUUCGAAUCUGCCAGGCGUUCCUUGGAAACUAUGGGGCAGUUCUACUCUGUCCUAUAGGGUCGCUAUGAGUUGGAAUUGACUUGGCAGCAGUGUGGGUUUGGUUUUGGUUUGUUUUAUGGAGCUUCCAUUACCUUGGCUUGGGCAGGUCGUGCUGGCUUCCCCAGUAUUGUGAACUGUCUUACCCUUCACCAGAGUUACCACUUAUCUAUUGUCUAUUUAGCGUUUUUCCAUCCCCACACCUCCCCUCCCUUGUAACCAUCAAAGAUUGUUUCUUUUGGUGUAAACCUUUUCAUAAGUUUUUAUAGUAGUAGUAGCAUACAAUAUUUGUCCCUUUAUCAUUGACUUAUUUCAUUCAGCAAUAAUGCCCUCCAGAUUCCUUCAUGUUGUGCAAUGCUUCGAAGAGUCAUUAUUGUUCUUUAUUGUUGCGUAGUACUACAUUGGGAAACCCUGGUGGUAUACUGGUUAAGAUCUAUGACUGCUAACCAAAAGAUCGGCAGUUCGAAUCCACCAGGCGCUCCUUGGAAACUCUACGGGGCAGUUCUACUCUGUCUUAUAGGGUCGCUAUGAGUCGGAAUCGAUUCGAUGGUGGUGGGUUUAUUAUUUAUUUUCAGUACUCCAUUGUGUGUAGGUACCAGUUUGUUAUCCACCUGUUGAUGGCCAGCUAGGUUGUUUCCAUCUUUCUGCUAUUGUGAAUGAUGCUGUGGUGAACAUGGGUGUUCAUAUUGGACAAAUUUUUGAAAGAAACAAAUUGCUAAGGUAACUUAAGAGAGUUUGACAGGUCUGCAAAAAGUCAAAGGUAAAGUCAGUAUAUGAUUGAAUAAUUCCACUCCUAGGCAUAUACCCAAGAGAAAUAACAAUAUUAAGUCCACACAAAAACUCAUACACAGAUGUUCUUAGCAGCGUUAUUCGUAAAUAGCCAAAUAGUGCAGAUCACCCAAAUGUCCAUCAACUGAUGAAUGGGGAUAAGCAAUGUGUCACAUAUCCACGCAAGGGAAUAUUAUUCAGCCAUACAUACAGGUGUGAAGAAUUGACACAUCUGAAUUACGAUGUCGUGUGAAGAAUAUUGAACCUAUGGUGGGCCGCAAGAAGAAAGAACACAUCUGCUUUGGAGGAAGUACAGCCAGAAUGCUCCUUAGAAGAGAGGCUGGCGAGGCUUUGUCACAUUUAUUGUCUUAGUUAUCUAGUGCUGCUAUAACAGAAAUACCACAAGUGGGUGGCUUUAACAAACAAAUUUAUUUUCUCACAGUUUAUCAAAACCAAACCCACUGAGUCAAUUCUGACUCAUAGUGACCCUAUAGGACAGAGUAGAGCUGCCCCAUAGAGUUUCCAGCGAGCACCUGAUGGAUUCAAACUGCCAACCUUUUGGUUAGCCGUAGCUCUUAACCACUAUGCCACCAGGGUUUCCUCUCACAGUUUAGGAGGCUAGAAGUCCUAAUUCAGAGUGCCGGCUCUGGGGGAAAUCUCUGGGUGGGCUCUGGGGGAAGGUCCUAUCUUCUGUUCCUUGGGUCCUUGGUGAUGUUCAUGUGGCAUGGCAUCCGUCUUCCCCAUCUCUGCUUCCUUGAUUGCUUGCUUAAUCUGCUCUUAUAUCUCAAAAGAAAUUGAUGUAAAACAUGCCCUACACUAAAACUGCCUUAUUAGCAAACAAAACCCUAUUCCCAAGUGGGAUUAUAAACAGAGAUAGAGUAGGAUUUAUAGCAUAUUUUUGGGUAACUAUUCAUGGAAACCCUGGUGGCAUAGUGGUUAAGUGCUACGGCUGCUAACCAAAAGGUCGGCAGUUCGAAUUCACCAGGAGCUCCUCGGAAAAUUUAUGGGGCAGUUCUACUCUGUCUUAUAGGGUCACUAUGAGUCAAAAUCGACUCGACAGCAGUGGGUUUGGUUUAGGUUUGGUUAUUCAAUCCAUAAGACUUAAUUAGGUUAGGACACGUUAUCAGGAGAGACAAAACCACAGAGAAGGACCUCAUGAUUGAUAAAAGUUAGAGGGUCAGAGAAAAAGAGAAAGACUCUCAACGAGAUGGAUUGACACAGUGGUUGCAACAAUGGGCUGAAACAUAGCAAUGAUUGUGAGGAUGGGUCAAGACCAAGCAACGAUUCGUUCUGUUAUACCUGGGGUCGCUAUGAAUGAGUUGGAGCAAACUGGAUGGCACCUAACAGUGACAACAUAAUGGGUGAAUUGUAUGGCAUGUAAAUUUUGUUUUUUUUUGUUUCUGCAGGGUUUUCCCCAGCUUUAUGGAAGCAUAGCUGGCAUAUGAUAAACUGUUCAUGUUUAAAAUUCACAUUAUGAUAAAUGUAGACACCUGUGCAACUAUCAACACAAUCAAGAUUAUAAAUAUAUCCAUCAACUCCAAAA